CCUAAUUUGGAAGGAAAUGGGCGUGGAGGCUGAGCUAAAGUGCUCCGUUAAAGGAAGAGCACAUCUGGGCAGCGUCACCGGACAGGACAGGACAGGGGCUCGGUUCUGCUUUGUGAUACAAACUGAAAAUAAAAAGAGGACAGUCUGUAUAAAAGUCACCAGAAGGACUCAACACACGUCUGAGAAACAUCCAACAUCAUGCCUGUGGUGGUUUUUAGGCCUACCCAAUUAAUGUGGGCGCGUUUGGCGGCGCUGGUGUUUACCUGUGUGGCCUUUAGCGUGGCGUCCCAUGGAGGAUCGCUCAAUGGCAGCAUUGGUGAUUGGAGCAUCUUCUGCUGGGCUUUCAGCUUCGCCGGAACCCUGGUCGUCCUGCUGGUGGAGCUCUUGGGUCUCCAGUCUCGCUCGCCUGUGUCCUGGAAUAACUUCCCUAUUACAUUCGCCUGCUACGCUGCAUUACUUUGCCUGACCGCGUCCAUCAUUUUCCCUUUGUACUUCCUAAAGGGCGUAACAACCUACAAUGAGAUCCGUGACCACCGUAUCGCCGCAUCUGUGUUCUCCUGUCUGGCCACAAUCGCGUACUUUGUGGAAGUGAGUCUGGCACGGGCUCGACCGGGCGAAGUUGCCGGGUACAUGGCGACAGUUCCCGGUCUACUGAAAGUCUGUGAAACCUUCGUAGCAAGCGUGAUAUUUGUGUUUAUCAGUGACCCUAUUUCUUACGACUCUCACUCCGCUUUGAAAUGGUGCCUGGCCGUCUACUGCAUCUGUUUCGUGAUUUCGGCAGCCAUCGUAGUGUUGUGCAUUGGCGAAUGCACUGGGUGUUUGCCUUUCCCGUUUGCGCGCUUUCUUUCUGCUUAUGCGCUGUUGGCCGUCCUCAUGUACCUCACUGCCACUAUCAUUUGGCCCGUCUUCAAGUUUGACAGCCGUUAUAAUGGACAAUCAAACAGACCGUACCAAUGUCAAUCCCGCCAGGGUUUGUGUCCAUGGGAUAAAUUGGUGGCCGUGGCCGUUCUCACCGCUCUCAACUUCCUUAUCUACCUGGCGGAUCUGGCGUAUUCGGCUCGACUAGUGUUUGUGACUGUGUAAGCGAGCAAAACAUCAUCUUUUCCUUGACAAAAGCCAAAGACAGUGUGCAGUUUCAGGAGCAGGAGUCAAAUGUUGAUUGAUAAAUGGUGCAUACAAGUCACAGAUAUCAUAUUUAUAGGUUGAAUAUUCAAGCAUUCCAAUAUAAGUCAGAAAGUCAGGAUUUUCUAAAUUACAGUGGGGGAGGGGUAUUUUAAUGUCAACCCAGGCUCAUUGUGGAAACGUAGUCCCGCGGACGUUUCUGGAGACCGCGGAAUACGUCCCAGCAGGUACGUACGGCUGCAGUUUUUGUUUUUGCGAAUCCGCGAG